CGUGACCAUUAAAUGACCCAGCUCGAAGGCGAACAAGCAGAUUUUUUUGCUUCUCCGGUCGUUCCCUGAUGUUUGGCUGAAGGCACACAGUCGAGCCGGUGAAAACUGAAAUAUUCAAGUUGUUUUCCUCUGCUGAACUUACAAUUUGAUAGCAUCAUUUACAUUAUUAUGGAGUUAGAAAUUUUACACUCGACUGGAAAACAAGUUGCUGUCUUGUCAGAUAUUUCUUCCACAAGUACAAUCUACGAUGUGAAAAAGGAAAUUCAUAAAAUUAAAAGAAAACUACAUCCAUCUAGACAAGCUUUGAGAAUUGAAGCUCGUGGUAAAUUUCUGAAUGAUAAUGUACCGUUACAUUCCAUUGAAUUCAAGAAUCAAAAUCAACUGUAUUUAAAAGAUUUGGGACCUCAGAUAGGAUGGAAAACGGUAUUUUUGCUUGAAUAUGCUGGACCCCUUGUUCUAUAUGUUGCCACUUAUUUUAGACCUGCUAUCUUGUAUGGUUCAGAAGCUGCUACAACAAAAAUGCACUGUGUUGUCCACCUAGCUGCAAUUUGUUGGAUAAUACAUUAUUCAAAGCGAAUUUUGGAAACUUUAUUUGUUCAUCGCUUUUCUCAUGCUACUAUGCCAGUUCGAAACUUAUUCAAGAAUUGUUCAUACUACUGGCUCUUUGGACUAUAUAUUGGGUACUAUGUUAAUCACCCACUUUACACUCCUCCAAGCUUUGGUGAUGUUCAAGUUUAUGGUGGAUUGGCUGCUUUCAUUUUUGCUGAAUUGGGUAACUUAAGUAUUCAUUUAGCCUUGAGAAAUUUGCGACCAGCUGGCUCUACAGAAAGGAACAUUCCAGUUGCUACAAGCAAUCCUUUUACACUUUUAUUCAAUUUUGUUUCUUGCCCAAACUAUACUUAUGAAAUCUUAUCCUGGAUCUCAUUUUCAGUGAUGACUCAAUGUCUUCCAGCUGGAUUAUUUACCAUCGCUGGACUUUAUCAAAUGACUGUGUGGGCUCUUGGAAAACAUCGAAAUUAUAAGAAAGAAUUUGCAAAGUAUCCUAGAAAUAGGAAAUCCAUUGUGCCAUUUAUUUUGUAAAAUUAUAAUUUAAGACAUUCCUUUUUGUACGUUUUCUACUUAUUGACUGAAUUAAAAUUUAAGUAUAACUGCAUUUCUGUAAUUUAGACAUAUAUAUUAGACAUUUAUUUCUUAGCAUAUUAUUUUUGGAAUCCCUAUAAUAUCUUGUUCACACUGUAGAGCAAACUUUUUUUUCAAUACAUUUUAUUCAUUAAUAUGUUUGUCUUUAACUUGUGUUGAGGUAUGAUCUCCAUCCUCACUUCAAUACAGUAAAACCUCUUCGAAAACCCACCUCUUUUAAAUGACCAAAACUUAAUUGUAGAUGAGUGGUUAAUAUUGAUAAAAGCUAUUUCUUGAAA